AUGGUUCUGAAGGAAAUUUACAUUUUAACGUUAUUAAUUUUAACCUCAUAUUUUACUAUACCAGGUACCCAUGCCUGGAACAGUAAAGACGCCCUGUUUCGAGGGCUCAAUAGAUAUGGUAACGACUCGUUUUACCAAUCUAAAAAUUAUGAUUCAUUUAUAUCAUUAACAGAAUCGGCUGCCGCCGCGUCUACUCAGAACACCGGCGGUUCUGGCGGUACUACUACUAGUAGUUCUUCAGCUCCGGCUGGAACUAAAACGGUAGUGGCUGCCCGUUCGAAUAGUCAAACUUGUGCCAAAUGGGAGGAUGUGUCUGUGUGUUCCACAAAGUCCACUAUCAAAUGUCUCGACGCUAAUUCAACUUUGGAAAUGUCGUGUUUCCUUGUUAACACCAAAACCUGGUCUGAGUGGUCGCCUUGUGUUAACAAUGUACAAUAUAGAUUUUCUUUAGAUUUCACUUCCGGUAAUACCGAAUAUCGUUUGUGUAAUUUGCCUCAAGAUAUCAAGAAGCAGACUGAGGAGGAGUUGAAAGCUGAACAUGAAAAGAUUAAGAAGCAGCUUCAAGAAGAAUAUGCCAAAAAAGAAGAAGCCUUAGAAACAGAAAAAAGUGCUUAUGAAGCCAAAAAGAAACUCUAUGCGGAUAAAUAUAAAGAGUUAGAAGCUGAACUGGCUCAACUAAAGAGCCAAAAAACUAAAUACAACAAUCGUUUUGCCGAUCUAGAUACAAAAGACCGAGAUCUUCAAAACAAACAGAAUGAUAUUACCAGGCGGAAUGAAGAAAUAGAGUCCAAAUUGAAGAAUCUCGAGCAACAGAGGUUGGAAAACGAACGUAAUCAUAGUUCAAGGCAGACUGAGCUUGACAGCUUGAACGCUAGGCUCAGAGAGGAGGAAACUAAAUUGAAUGCCGAGAAGGCUUCUAAUCAGGAACAACUCCGAACCAUAGCUACUGAGAAACAAACAAUUCAGACUGAAAAAGCCAAGCUUCAAGAAAGUCAAAAGAAAGUUAAUGAUUUACAGGCUUCACUAACUCAGGAACAAGCAAGGCUUAAGCAAAAGGAGCAAGAAUUGAAAGAUAAAGAAGCUGAUCUCACCAAAAGGGAGGAUGCUCUAAAAGCUGGUCAAGAAGAGCUCAAAACUUCCAAGGAAUCUCAUAAUAAACAAGUGGAACAGCUUAAAAAAGAACAGGAAGAUUAUAAGCUACUCAAGGCUAGGCUCCAGAAAGAUCAGGAUGAUUUGGCAAAUGCAACCUUUGAACAUACUCAAGAACGCAACAGGUUGCUGGCAGAUCAAUCACAGUACAGGAUAGAACACUCCAAAUUACAGAGAGAUAAAGCUAGUUUAGCUGCUGAACAAGAGCAACUAGCUUCUGAAAAGCAAGCUAAUACUGAGCUAUCUGCUAAAUUGGAAACCAAAAGCCAGGAAUUAGAAGCCAAAACAAGAGAACAACAAGAGUUGAGGCAGAAGUAUGAGAGUGAUUUGGCCACCUUGACUGAAAAUGAAAAGAAAUAUAAUGAGGAAAAGAAGGCAAACGACCAGUUAAAAGCACAACUUGAAACUGAAAAGGCGGACCUAGCUGCCAGAGAAACAAAGCUGCAAAAUGAUCUUAAGAACCUGAAGGCACAAAUUGAUCACGAAGCCCACAUGUAUAAAUCGAGAAAUAGUGCUCUUGACCUCAAGAAUACUCUUCUCCUUGAGCAACAGAGAAAAGUUGAAAGGGAACUUGAAGCAAACCAACGUCGUGCUCUUACUUUGGAUAAAGAAAGACAGCGUAUUGAAGCAAGCAACAGGGCUUUGGACAAUAAGUUGGCGGAUGUACAACAAAAGGAGGAGGAGCUUAACACUAAGAGAAAUAACCUCAAUUCAGAAAUAUCUCAACUCAAGAAUGACCGAGCUGAACAUGAUAAAAAAGUUGCCGAAUUAGCCCUAAAAACAUCCGCCCUGGAACAUAAGGAAGAACAACAUAAAUUGAAAGAGGAUGCUUUCAAUCUUAGAUUGCAAGAUCAUGAAAAGCAAGAAGAACAACUUAGAACAAGAACCGCUGAAUAUGAGAAGAACGAGAAGGAUCUCCAAAGAAGAACUCAGGAGCUUAUAACCCAGGAGCAGGAACUUAUAAAUGAAAGGGCAAAGCAUUUGGAAGAAGUAAAAAGAAAAACUGCUGAAUUCGAUUUAAGAGAUACAGAACUAAAGCUUAAUGAAAAGAAAUACCAAGAUCUUUUAUCAGAAGUAACAGCGGACAAAGAGAAGGUCAAAAAAGAAGAGUUGUUAAUCCAACAGGCCAGAGAACAACUUGAGUUAGAAAAACAGGCAGAAAAAGAUAAGGAGAGACAAGCUCAAUUGGAUAGAGAACAAAAGGAGAGAGAACUUUUGGCAAAAGUUAAGGAACAGGAAGAAGCUAGCAAGGCCAGAAUCAAAGAUCAGGAACAAGAAUUGGCACAGAAGAGGCAACGAGAAGAGCAAGAGCUUGCUGAUAAGAGACGCGAACAGGAGGCUGAGUUGGAUAGACUUCAGAAAGACUUGGAAGCUAAGAUUGCAGCUGAUAAGGCUAAGAGUGAUCAGGCAACAAAGGACUUUGAAGCAAAAACAGAGGAACUUAACAGCCUCGAGCUAGCUCUUAAGGCCUCCAAGGCAGACGCUGAUCGCCUUUUCAACACCAAUCUUAAGAAAAAAUCAGAUUUGGAAGAAGCCAGAAAGCUUCUUGAUAAAGAGAAGGCUGAUGUUGAGCAACUUAAGGCAGGAGUUGAGCAACAGAAGGUGCUGCUUACAGAGAAAAUGGAUCUUGCAACCAAGACCUACAACGAUGCCAAAGCACUCCUGGAUGAGAAUAAGCUUAAAUCAGCUGAGCUCGAUGGUCUCCAAAAGAAACUGAAAACUCAACAAGAUCGUAAUGCAAUCCUUAUGGCCAACAUAUUGGACAAGGAAGUUACACUUGAGGCACUGGAACAGGGACUGGAAAUCAAAGAGGCAUCUUUGAAUGAGAGAGAUACUCGUGUAACCGAAAGAGAAAGAAAAGCUAACGAAUUCCAAACUUCUCUUGAUGACAGAAAGACGGCUCAAGACCAAAGAGACACAGAAUUGAAUAAUAAGAGUAACCUUUUGAAUGAUAAGGAAGAAAGAUUGAACACUAAGGAGCGUAACCUCGGAAUACUCAAGACCGAUUUGGAUGCAAAAUCACUCGAGUUGGGCAAGAAAAACGCAGAUCUCACAAAAGAAGGACAGCGUCUCUCAGCACUGGAAACCACAUUACAGGGCAGAGAGACCGCAGUUGCUGCAAAGGAAGAAGCUGUAUUGGCAAGAGAAACUGCAGCAACAGCCAAGGAAGCUCAACAGAGGGCAAGAGAUAGGGAGAUAACACUCGAGGAUGAGCGUGUGAAGAGGCUUGGCAGAAAUAAUGAACAGAAGGCACAGCUGUUGACGAUCAGAGAAAACAAGCUCAAUGAGAAUAAUGCACUGUAUGAGAAGCAGAAGGCAGCAUUGGAAGCUGAUAAGUUGGCUUUGGCAGAAGAGAGGAAACAAGUAAAUGAAUUGGCCACAGAGAAACUGAGAGAGCUUGACGAGGCGAACAAGACUAAACAGGCAUUGCUAGACGAGCAGAAGAAGAAAUUGGACGAAAAGGAAGCAGAGCUUAAUGAAACAAUAAAGAAAUUGAACGCCAAACUCGCAGAAUUGACAGAACAGAAAGUGGUGAUUGGAUCCAAGGAUGUUUUACUCUCAGCAGCAGAGUCGAAUCUGGUCAUAACGAAAUCGGAGUUGAAGAGGACCAAGACAGAGUUGGAGUCAACGAAGCUCGAAUUGGCCACAACGAAAUCAGAAUUGGACUCCACAAAGGGCUUAUUGGAAGGUAAGAAGGGAGAGUUGGAGCGCGAGAUGGCCAAGACGGCAGACCUGGAGAACAAGAAGCGCACUCUGGAGUCAGACAUGAUAGACCUGAACAACAGAUUGCUGCAGAAGGGAGCAGACUUCGACACCUGCCAUGUGGCACAGAAAUCACUUCUCAAAGAAAACUCUGAUCUGGAGGCCCAAUUGAAAUCGAAGAUCACUGAAUUUACGAACCUGGAAAACAAGUAUGAGACUGAGAAGGCAACUUCAGAAAGGACGCUGGGUGAAAAGGAUUCAUUGAUAGCAGAGAAGGAGAGCACAAUACAGAAGAAGGAAGCUGAGUUGGUAGAGAAGACCACAGCGCUAGACUUGUCGAAGGCAGAGUUGCACACCAAGUCAACUGCGCUAGAGCAGAAGACAGCAGAAUACGACGCAAAGGUGGAGGAGUUGAAGAACAAGGGCCUGGAAGUUGACCAGAAGCAGAAGGAGCUGGUGGCCAAGGACGGACAGCUGCUUCUGAAGGAGAAGGAGGAACUCAGGUUGAGAAAGGCAAACAACCACCUAAUACAAGUUUUAGCGAAACUCAGGGCAGGGGAGACAGUUCAGUCGAUACUGAACGACUCAACGCUCUGGGACGAGGACACCAACGACGUGUUGGAGAAACUCAAAGAGCACCUGAAUCCAACAGAAGAGGCUCCACCAGCACCUAAGGAGCCAAGUGAAUCGCAACAAGAGCCUGCACCACCAACCCCGCAGAUCGACGAGGUUACUGAGCAGGAGCUGAAAAUGAUCGGACAGACCGAGCAACCUUUAAUGAAGCAGGAGGAAGAGUCUGAAAUAGAUCCUGAGAGGAAAGUACCAGGAACAGAUUUAACUGAAGGACAAUUCAGUGCCGAAGCAUUGGAAGCAAACUUCGAUAAGCCUUCAAUCCCGACACCGAGUCCAGAAGACUUGGAAAGAAUAGAGAAUAUGAAGGCGUCUGAGCUGCUGCCGCCCUCAAGCGGCAACUCAGAGACAGAAAAAAUGGGCGACACAGUGGGUGAGCUGGUAACACAGCAAGUGCCGGGCGAAGAGAACGUGCACUCCGAGGGUCCGGAAGGCUUGCCUCCGACAGUGAUGAAACCGGCUGCUCCCAGAGAGCCCGCUACGAGAAACAGGGGCGGCUCUGAGUCCAGAGCUCCCGAACCCAAGGCCAAGCCUGCUCCAGAGGAGAAGAAGCAGGAGGCCCCCAAGACCGAGGGCCAGGGCCAGAGGUCCAACAUUUUCUCAAAUGGCUUCAAGCACAUCAAGUUCAACACCGGGGCCAAGAGCGCCUCGGCGGCACUGGGCUUACUCCUAGUUAUCGCAGCGGCCGGGUACGGCAUUAAAAAGAUGGGAAAACGCGACCCAAGUCUUGAGAGAAUCAACUCCAGCUUCACCGACGAGGAGCAGGGGUUCGACGACAACGAUGCAAUGAAGCUUGUAUUACUCUUGCUGUGCUCAAUUAUAGGAGUUUUAUCGGAUCCGAAGUUGAAGGAGCGUAACUAUGUCUGCAAAGCAUGGUCUGAAUGGGCCGACUUUACAGAGUUCAGAGACGAUUUACUCUCAAAUUACGGAGACCUGAGAAUAUCGGAGGAGGGAAAGGCGAUGGUCGAUAAAGACAAAGGCGGCAGUUACAGGGGAGAUAUGUGCAACUUAUUCAACUUGGACAUGUACAUCAAAGGUAAUCAGCAAGUAAUAAACGUUGCCCUGGCUGCCAAAACCCCUGACAAGAAGAAAUUCUACGGACUGGGCGUCGUUAAAACUGCUGGCGUUGUAAGUCUUCUGGGACUGGCCUUUGCCAUUCUAGGCACAUUUUUAUACUCGAAAAGGUUUCGUUGGCCACAAUUAGCCUAG